CUUUGGGAAUAUCCGCUUGCAUGAGGAGGACACGUAGCAUGAGGAUGGCAGCCGCGACCUCUCUGAGCGAUUUCUGUCAUGGUCCCAUACGCCUCGCCAAGGCCCUCCAGAUUCCCCUCCCCGCUGCUGUGAUUACGAUUCCCGCCGCCGCUGUGACAAUUCCCAGACGCAUCGCAUCUGGACUCCUCCCAGCCCCGGGCAGUAUAUAAAGGCCUAAUUGCCUCCUAUUCUCGUUCGUGUCGGCUUCGGGUCUCUCCAUCCCUCCGCUCACACCCUCUCCUCAGCUCUGCUCUGCUCUCCUCAUUCUCUCUCACCUCUCUCUCUCUCCGGUCUCGUCUGUCUGCGUACCCCCUCGAAAUUGUAUCGAUACUUUGACAAUCAUCACCACCACCACCAUCAUCAUCAUCAUCAUAUCAUCCUCCUCCUCCUCCUCCUGCUCCUCAUCCGCUCGGCUGUUCACACAACAGUCCACACCACCCGAGUCCCGAGUAGUGCUGGUCUCUGAUUCGUUGCGGAGGGCAGGUCCGGGUAGUUGAUGGUGGCUGCUGCUGCUAUUGCAGACAUUUGUGAGGAAUUAAUCUGACGUUCGGGUCUGGGCUUUUGGUCAAGGGGGAGACAGUUUUCGUCUACGUGCCUGUCGUAGGCGGAGGGCAGACGGAGAGGCAGACGAAGAGGCGUUGCGGUGGGACCUUCGUGAGGCUCCUCCACUGUUCGUUGGUUUGUAGGCGCGAGCGUGGGCGUGCGCCGUAGAGGACCGACCGUCGGGGAUUUGAGCUGCUGCUGCUGGCUUCGUUGUGCGUGACAUCGGCCGAGUACGAGUAAGGAAGAAAAGUUCAAAUUUACUGCAAGUGGGGAGAGAAGACGCGCGGCAUUUGUGCAUUUUAGACCGACCUCGGCGCAGGCAUUUCGAGAGCUCGAGCUUCGGGUUGAAUCUUCACCGUCACCUCCACCUUUGUUAAUUAUUCGACGAACCUGCACACUUGUGGCGAGGCGGUUGAUUGGGGGCGGUCUAGGAUUAUCAAAUUUCGUGAGAAAGGUGCCAGGCAGAUCUCGGCCCCGAGUGCCGCUUCAGUGGAGAAUUGGCCGCGAAAAUUGGAGAGUGAACUUGGAAUUGCGAACGCCAGCACAAUGUCGAGCACGUAGGGAGUCAAUUUUGUGGUGCUGCGAAGGUUAGCCGUGGGAGAGCACAAGGAAGGCGAAAGCGCCGGGCACCGCGAGUGGAGGCAAGAUGGUGGGGACCAAAGUGCUCGACUCGCUCGACAAGGCGAAGACGCAGAGCUACCAUUUCAAGGCGGUGAUCAUCUCGGGCAUGGGAUUCUUCACCGACGCGUACGAUCUGUUCUCGAUUUCCACCAUGACGAGGCUCCUGGGGCGCCUGUACUACCCGAGCACGCACGGCAAGCCCGGCGUGCUGCCGGCGAAUGUGAACGCGGCGGUGGUGGGAGUGGCGCUGUGCGGGACGUUGGUGGGACAGCUCUUCUUCGGCUGGGCCGGGGACCAGUACGGGCGCAAGAAGGUCUACGGAAUCACGCUCAUGAUCAUGGUCCUGGCCUCCAUCGCCUCGGGACUGUCCCUGGGCAGCACACCCACAGGCGUCAUGACGACGCUCUGCUUCUUCCGCUUCUGGCUCGGAUUCGGCAUCGGCGGCGACUACCCGCUGUCGGCGACCAUCAUGUCGGAAUACUCGAACAAGAAGAACCGCGGGUCCUUCGUCGCGGCCGUGUUCGCCAUGCAGGGGAUUGGAAUUCUGGUGGCCUCGGCCGUGAGCAUCGCAGUGUCGGCCGCGUUCAAUAACUCCUUCCCGGCGCCGGAUUUCAACACGGACCCCGUGCUCUCAACGCCGCCCGAGGCCGACUUCGUUUGGCGCAUCGUGCUCAUGUUCGGCGCCGUGCCCGCGGUGCUCACCUUCUACUCGCGCAGCAAAAUGCCCGAGACGGCGCGCUACACGGCGCUGGUGGAGCAGAACGAGGAGAAGGCGCGCCGCGACAUGGAGAAGGUGCUGCACCAGCAUUUCGAAGCGCGCGACGACGUCGAGGCCGGCCCUGCGAAGGAGAAGCCGUUCGGGCUGCUGUCGCGCGCCUUCCUGCGCCGCCACGGCAAGCAUCUGCUGGGCUGCACCACCACCUGGUUCUUCCUCGACGUGGCCUUCUACAGCCAGAACCUCUUCCAGAAGGACAUCUUCACAGCCGUUGGCUGGCUGCCCGCGGCCGGGACCAUGAGCGCGCUGGAGGAGACGUUCCGCGUCAGCAAGGCGCAGGCGCUGAUCGCGCUCGUGUCCACCGUGCCGGGCUACUGGUUCUCGGUCGCGCUCAUCGACAAGCUGGGGCGCAAGUUCAUCCAGCUCAUGGGCUUCUUCUUCAUGACGCUCUUCAUGUUCAUCCUCGCCCUCGACUACUACAAUCUGCGCGGUGAUCCGUGCGGCGCCAAAUACUGCGGCGGCAACCAUCUGGCCUUCAUCGUGCUCUACGCCUUCACCUUCUUCUUCUCCAAUUUCGGCCCCAACACCACAACGUUCAUCGUCCCGGCCGAGGUCUUCCCGGCGCGCCUGCGGUCCACGUGCCACGGCAUCUCGUCGGCCGCGGGCAAGGCUGGCGCCAUCGUGGGCGCCUUCGGCUUCCUCUACGCCAGCCAGAGCCAGUCGACGCCCGACGCCGGCUACCCCAAGGGCAUUGGCAUCAAGAACUCGCUUCUCGUGCUCGCCAUAACCAACUGCAUCGGCUUCGUCUUCACCUUCCUCAUCCCCGAGACGAAGGGCAAGUCGCUCGAGGAUCUGUCCGGCGAGAACGAUCCCGUCAAGGGCGACGAGGUGACUUCCGGCAGAGUUGGGGCCGGCGACGGAUCCAGCGGACUGGCGCCUCGCCCUGCAGCCGCGGCUGCCCACGCCAACAGCUAAGCGCUCCGCGCCAGUCCGCGCCGCGACCGUUCCACGCCAACGGCUGAGCGCAGUCGAGGCACAGGGCUCGACGAUGUAAUCUGCGCAAUCGGGAUCAUCUGAUGUUCCGUAUAUUUUUCGUGUCUAGUUUUUUUAGCCCACGCCAACGGCUAUGCGCUCCGCGACCGUUCCAUACUCGAGGCAGGGCUCGACGAUGUAAUCUGCGCAAUCGGGAUUAUCUGAGGUCCCGUAUAUUUUUCGUGUCUAGUUUUUUUAGCUUUUUGUGUAGCGUAGUAGGCCUCGAAUGGACUCGUGGCGCAUGCGCUCGUCGUCGGGCGGGCCUGCGCGCACCGGGAUCCCAAAAUUUUUGACGGUCAACGACCUGAGCGUAGAUAGACUGCCUCGAGUCGGUUGGACUCCGUCUGAGGCCAUAGACUAUAUAGUUAAAGGAAUGGCACACUGCCUCUCGCCUCGCCUCCUCGUGUGGCGAUCUCCCUUUGUAAAGUGCAUCCCAAUUCAGUAAAUUAUCACAUUAUACAUUAAGCUGAUUAAGAUGAUUAUGAAUUAUCAUCUUUAUGGGCGUUAACCGCGUUCAUCGCAUGGUCGCUCUGGGCUCUGGUCUCCUGCCUCAUUGUCCACGUACUACGGUUGGCUGGUCUGUCGCCAGGGCCAUCCAUCCGGCCAUGCAGAAUGAGAGGUGCGCGGGAUCUGUCGUCCACAAACUGAAGAUCCGUGGUUAGUGUUAGUACGAGCGACUGCGGCUGGGAGAAGGGAGACCGGACCU